GACAACUACGACCCGGAAGCGCAACGCCCCCUUGAUCAGCUUAGCGUGUGCUGAUCUGGACGCGAACACACGUCGAGUUUUGUUGGUUUGUUGUUAGCAUCUGUUUUUGUUCACAUGUCAGCCUCUGAGAAUGAGCCACGGGAGGAGAGGAAGAAAAAGAAGGAGAAGAAGAAGAUCAAGAAGGAGGAAAAGCUCAGCGUGACGGCGAAGGAGAAGGAGGAGAAUGAGGCGCAAAAGCCGGAAGUGAAUAGCAGCGAGUGUGUAUUGCUGCGUGGGAUCUUCAAGGUGGGCAAGAAAAGCCACGACGUUCUUCUCACCAGCACCACGCUGACCUGGACCCCCAUCAUGCCCGAGAGCCCCAUAGGUGAGGUGUGCUCGCUGCGUCCAGGUGUGCUGAUGCUGCGUGAUGUCUUUGCGGCGAAGGUGAAGCGGCGGCGAGCGGCUGGCCAGCCCUCCGGUGGGCCCGUGUUGGGCAUUGCCUUGUUUUACUGCAAGCGAAGGGGGAGGAGGCUGGUGGAGGAGACGCUGCACCUCCACAACGCCUCCUCAGAACACGCACACACCUGGUACAACACCUUGAAGAAGCUGCUAACAGGCUUCAGCAGUCGUCCCAGGUGUGUGAAGGUGUUCAUCAACCCCAGCAGUCACAAGAAGGAAGCGGUCUACAUCUACAGAGAACAUGUGGCGCCGCUCUUCAAGAUGGCCGACGUACGCACAGACAUCACUGUGACAGAGAUGCGGGGUCAUGCCCUCUCAGUGAUGAAGGAGCUCAAGCUGGAUGAAUUUGAUGGGGUGGUGUGCGUCGGGGGGGACGGCUCCGUGGCAGAGCUAUGCCACGCUCUGGUCCUGCGAGCCCAACUGGACGCUGGGUCUCCUGAGAGUCCAGUGAGAGCUCCCCUGCCUCUGGGAAUCAUCCCUGCAGGUUCUACAGACGUGGUGUCAUGUUCUGUUCAUGGAGUGAGGGAUCCUGUCACUGCAGCCAUGCACAUCAUCCUGGGUCACCUGCAGCAGGUGGACAUGUGCAGCUUCUUCUCGCUGGGACAGCUGCUGCGCUUCGGCUUCUCCGCCAUGUUUGGCUUUGGGGGGCGGAGCCUGGCGCGGGCAGAGAAGAAGAGGUGGAUGCCGUCGUCACGGCGACGUGAGUACGCUCUAGUCAAGACCCUGGCCAGGCUCAGAGCAGACGACUGUCAGCUGUCUUUUCGAGCAAGCGACACAAACAACACCCCCUCUGAACAACUAGAUGAAGAACAGGAUCAGGACCAGAAUGGGGACUUAGAGGGGGCGGAGUCCUGGACCACCGUUCAGGGCUUGUACCUCAGCAUCAGCAUCAUGGCUAUCCCCUGUCUCAGUCCUCACGCCCCCCGAGGACUUGCCCCCAACACCAGACUGGCUAAUGGAAGUGCAGAAUUGAUCGCAGUGGGAGACACGUCCAGGUCAGAGUUCAUUAAGCACCUGAAGCGUUACAGCACCUCUAGUGGACAGUUCAACUCCUCGUUCGUGGAGACGCACGCCGUGUCAGCCGUUAGGCUUUGCCCCCGGAAAAUGAUUGGCUGCUCCGAAGAAGAGAGUGAGGAUGACUCCAAGAUGACGGCCAUCAUCCAACCAGAAGCCGCCAGCGUCUUCCCCUGGAACAUCGAUGGAGAGCUGGUGGAGAUCCCCAAUGAAGUACUCAUCAGGGUGCACCCUGGACUCAUCACCUUGUAUGGAGAGGAGGUGCACGAGGCAGAGUCCAACGUGUCCUGCAGCUGCAUCUGAGGCAGACCUCUGUUUCCAUAGUGACAACAUAAUUUCAAAGAAGCUUUGACCUCCUUUUUGUACAUUUUGUAUGUUUGCGUAACUUUAGCAAGCGCAUUUACUGUACUCAUGAGUAAAGGGAGGUGACUUAUUGUUGUUUCUAUCACAAUUUUCACAGCAUCUUCUAUAUCAGGGUUGUCAGUAGUGAGACCCGGAGGCCAUAUCAGCCCAUAACUGUUUUUUUUUGUCCUCAGCAUAUUCUGAAGAUUAAGUUAAUACAUUAUUAAUGAGCUCUUACACUAAUUGAUGCACCGAUCAAUCCGCCACCGAUCAAUAUCAGUGGAUUUCCGUGAAAAAGGUAUGUGAUCGGCGUUGAAAGGCAUUUAUCGACAUAAGCCGAUCACAUACUUUUUCACGGAAAUCGGCUGAUAUUGAUCGGUGGCUGGUUGAUCGGUGCAUCAAUUAGUAUAAGAGCUCAUUAAUAAUGUAUUAACCUCUGGCUCGUACCAUUGCAGCAUGCAACCUCGAGCGAGCGCCCUCCACCCACUUUCCUUCACACUGCAGGUGUGCCAAGCCCAAAACAAACGUGGAAUUUACCUGCAGCUUGUGAGAGUGGCGUAAAUUUCGCACCGUGCAAAACAUGCCGCAAAAAAUAUCUCGCUGGGGUAGCACGUUAAAAAGCUUUAAUUUAAUACAGCAUUUGAAGAACAAACACUUGACAGAGUAUGGUCCGUCUUCAAGGCUCACUCAAGAGAGGAGGAGUAUUUACGCGGUGCAUUUGACAAGACAGAGUUGAAAACGGCUCGUGUCGUGUUGCUCACUGCCUCCACUCCAGAUGUUUUUUUUAGGUUUUCCUCAGCUCAGCUAUCUAAAGUUACUUGGUAAACUUCUUUCAUUUUUUUUUUCAUCUGCUUGCUUCUAAUUUGGCUGUUGAUAUAAAGUCAGAUGGACAACUUUGCCUGUAGCACUGAACGCGGUGCUUUUGAGAAAACUACAGUGAACAAGGCUGACAGAUGAUUUCUCUCUUUGCCAUCACCGAAUGUUUGCAUGAAUCAACAACUUCAAACAGAUCAUUAAAAAAUAAUUAAAUAAUAAAGUCUUACAAAUCACUUACACACAUACACCGUAUAGCUAGCUGAAUAAUACACAAUAAAUAUAGCAAUUUCUGAACAAUCCAUGUUAAUUUCAGACUUAAAAUAAUGUACCGAUUUAAGCCCCACCCCUUUACCGUUAAACCACACCCACUUCCGAUGUAUGCCCCGCCCUACUCCGAAUACAGAUACGGAUACAGAUCAUUUCGAUGGGUGAACAGAUACAGAUACAGAUAGUGGUGUACUCGCUCAUCCCUGCUAAAGAUAGACUUUAUGAAUAAAGAUUUAAGAUUGAAAUGACCUUAAUAGGCAUAUGUGCAUACACAGUUUCUCACAAACUGAGUACACCUCUCAACCACUUUUAUUGCAGUGUAUCUUUUCAAGGGAGAAUAGUAAAAAUGAAGCUUGGAUAUACUUUAGAGCAGUGAUUCUCAACUGAUGGGUCGCGUACGGGUCCCACAUGACGUACCCGUAAUCAGUGUGUUGUGGGUAUUAAUCUUGUGCUUUUCUUCCAAAGGGGAUUUUUUAUUCAGCAGGGUAUCGUCUAUUAAUAGGCCUAUAGGUGGCGACAACGUUCUGUACUGUAAUACUAUUUGAAACCCGUUCGAAGACGUUCGUUAGUACUGUACUGAACUGUAGUCUACUGCCACUAAGAUGCUGAAUGUGUAAGUUCUGUAUCUUGUUGAGCAAUAGAAAGUGUUUGUCUGUAAGUAUUUUAUGCUUAUUAUACCGUAUAUAAGCUGUUGACGUGCAAUAUGCAUCUUAGUUAUCUAUUUGUCAUAUUUAGAGCUGUUCGAAAUCCCCAUGUAAAAUUGCUAAUGCUAGUUGCUAGUGCGAAUGUGGGAUUUUCAAUUUAAAUUUGCAUCAAGCUCGCGCAUUUGUUUAAAUGUUCACUAAACAUAUUUUGUGUCGGCAUAUUAUUUCUCACAACCUCAAAUUGCACUGCACUGUCUUUUCAUGAAAUAUAUGAUAUUUGAGUUGAAAAUUUUAAGUCGCUACUUGUCAAUAAGGGGUGAUGUGUCCCACAGCCAAGCCACUGGAGAACCACGGCUUUAAUAGUCAGCGUACAGCUAAUUUCUAUAGUAAUUUCUGUAUUUGCAUUGUUUGUCAUCUUCAACAUAAGUGAUUUUUUACUGUGAAAGUUAUUUUUUUUCAUGUGAAGGCUGGGAUCACAUUUUUAGUCUUUUCCUUACAGGAAUACAGGUGUACUCUGCUGGUUGAAUAACGCCUAUUUUUGCACAUUUUGUGUGCCAUGUCAGUAAAAUGCUUUUUGUCA